CCCAGUUUCUAAAUAUAUUUAGCUUCAGUUCAUAAGGUCACUCAGCUACAUCCUGUUUUUCUCGGAAUUUCAAACAAUAGCUUUUUCAGGCUGUGUUUACCAGCAAUCUUGUUGAACGCUGACAAUGGAGUCCUUCUUGAGAAAUCUCACCAAACAGGUUACUUGCUCAGUUUGUCUCGAGACCUACAAAGAGCCGAAAAUUAUAUCGUGUUUUCACACCUUUUGCUGUGAGUGUUUAGAAAAACACGCAAGAGUGAGCCAAAGACAUGGAAAGUUUCGAUGCCCCGAGUGUCAGGCAGAAAUCCACUUGCCAGAAGGAAAUCGCUUCGAAGCGUUGCCAACUAGUUUCUUUCACAACAGUUUGUUGAAUAUACUUGCCGUUCGGCAAAGUGGCGAUGGAAUAAACGUCACUUGUAGCAACUGUAAGAAGACCAGCUCCAAUGUCCAUUACUGCUUUGAUUGUGCCCGAUUCAUGUGUUCCGACUGUCUUAACGCACAUGAAAUUAUGCGCGACGCCUUUGAGGGACACAAAGUCAUGCCUGUUAAAGACUUCCAAGAUCAAGAUUACGAGGCUCUGUUAAAGCGACAGCCCUUUUGCACCAAGAAGUACCACGAGCGAGAGAUGACGAGAUUUUACUGCCUCCAGUGUCAGUGUUGUGUUUGCCAUCUUUGCAUCGUCACGGAUCAUCAAAGUCACAAAGUUCAAUUGCUCGACGAAGCGGCUGACAACGAGAAAGGAAACAUCAUGGCGGAUGCCGCAGAGAGCCGAACAAGGGAAAACGAUUUAAAGGAAAAGCUUCAACAAUUCCAAAAUACAGCAAACAGCCUGCAAGAAAAUGCCUGCGUCGCUAAACGAGGAGUCUCUCAAGCAGCCGAGAAGAUGAUCGCAGAGAUUCGAGAGCGCGAGCGGAAAGCCAUUGAAUCAAUCGAGACAACGUGCGUGACGAGACUCCAAAAAAUCAACUCGGCCCGACAGGCAAUAGAAUCUCUGAUGAAACAAAACAACAAAGUCGCCGACUUUGCCGAAAACUUGAUACAGAAAAGCUCAAGCUGGGAUAUCAUGCAAAACAAGCACAAUUUGAAACAGAGAUUUGAGGAGCUUCGAGGAAUCCAAGCUGCACAACACCAUCAGACCUCGUUCAUCAAGUUUUACCCCAAUCCUGCUGUGGGCUUCAACUUGGGCGACAUCGCCACCGAAGACAUAGCAGACGCAAGCUGGUCCACUCUGGAGGGACUGGAUCAAACUUUUCAGGCUGGUUUAGAGGCAAAGUUUAUUUUAUUCUCCAAAUCACGUUAUGGAGAAAUUAGUAACCAGCCUGAUCUCAAACAGCAAAUUGAAGUUCUCAUACAACCAGACAAAGAUGUCACACAAGUCACUGUUUACAACACAGAAAACGGUAGAUUCGAGGUGAAAUUUAUACCCAAAGUACCCGGUGCUUACAGCAUUGAAGUGAAGAUUAAUGGAGAUACACUCGCCAACUCUCCGUUCACUGUGGUGGUGAAGGAGCGUGAACUUACUGUGGUCGGUGAGUUGGAUCUGAAUUUAUUAGAAGGAGAACAGGUCGGCAAUCUAUUUGGAAUCGCGGUAAAUACGACAGGGAAUAUUGCCGUAACUGACGUUGGUAAAAACUGUGUUUACAUAUUCGAUAAAAAUGGUAAAUGUCUGAGAAAAAUUGGAGCUAAAGGGGAAUUUAAAGACCCAUUUGGCGUGACAUAUUUGAACGAUGACGAGAUUUUGAUUGCAGACACAAAUAACAACAGUAUACAACAAAUUAAUAUCCAGACAGGAACUGUUGUGAAAACUUUAGUGAAAAAAGGGGUAGGAAUAAGAGAGUUUAAUCACCCAAUUGAUGUUUGUUUGGAUGAAGAACGUCGCAUUGUUGUAACCGAGAUUUCGAGUAAUAGGAUACAGGUGAUGUCACGUGAGGGAGAGACUAUUUCCAUCUUUGGAAACAUCGGCCCAGAAAAAUUAGAACAACCGUGGAGGUGCCUGCCUUACAAAAACAAGUUUUUUGUCUCCGGUGGCGGAAAUCAUUGCAUUAAGGCUCUCGAUAUGUCAGGAACAUUCUUACACAAGUUUGGCAAACAAGGCAAUCAAGAUGCACAAUUUAACUACCCGGGUGGUUUGCUAAUAGACAGCUCCAAUAAUCUUCUCGUGUGUGAUCGGUUUAAUCAUCGAGUUCAGCAGUUUUCUCUGGACGGUCGCUUCACUGGUAAAAGUAUCACUCAUUUACCUUAUCCUCAUGGAAUAGCAGCAACACCAGAUGGACGUAUUCUCGUGACUACCGCUAAAAAGAUUUUCAUAUUAAAGUAGCUGUUUCAAUAGACACUUAUUUACUUCGCAGGUUAUAUUCUACUUCUAAUGACCCGAACUGUUUCUUUCCUAAUGUGCAAUAAUCGGAAACUGGAAUUUGUAGAAGCUUCAUCAAAUACAACUGAACUACUCUGCUUUGACAUUUCAAUUUUGCAUACUUGUGGCGUUUAUGCAUAUUCGUAAUAACGUAGCCCACGUAAACAUUAUAGGAUUGUGAUUGUCAAGGAAUAUUUUGCACUAAAUACGUCGCGUUAAAUACGUUAUUUUCUUUCGAUAACAUAGCAGUAAUUGCAUAUAUAUUACUUUCUUCUACUAGAGAGAGCGAUACGUACCAGGUACUGAAAUAGACAAGUACUGUGUGACAUCCAGCUCUUGUAAGACCUCGCUCCCAAAAAAAAAAAAA